AUGAGGGUCGCCAGGCAUGGUGAGUGGCGUGGGCCUAAGCGAAGCGACGUGGGGAACGUCCGCCAGCCAGACCUGCGUCCGAUUGGCGAAGCUUAUCUCAAUCAAGCCUCGGAUGCUACCCAGCCCACCUUCUUGGCCUUCCUUGGCCACGCCUGGCCCCUUCUGUUCCGGAGUCUCUGGGACAAGUCUUUGCGGCUGACCUCGUUGCCGUCCGAGGAACUGUCCCCCGGUCGAACAGGACGAAAAUGGGCUAAUCUCCUGGAUGUCUUGGGUCGGCAGCCAACCAGGGCGGCGCGAUUCCACGCCAUUUCCGACUUCAUGGCGACGGAACUCCUGGGUUGGCCACGUCUUCUCCCGGGCUAG